CCGACGAUGUACGUGAUGCACGUAGAUUUUCAAGAAAUCGAAGAUUUAGGAUAUCACGGUCAUAUUAUAAACAUUUUUUAUUUAAUACAGUGUGUGUUUCAAGCAUGAGCUUCUGUGUAUACGGUACAGACGUUGCUCUGUGUAACAACGAACAUGUCGUGAUACACAAUAUCGAGAAUGGUGCGGAAAACACGAUUCGUUUGCCCGAUUUGCAAACAGAGAAAAAGAUCGAUUCGCACAACAAUGCAAAUAUCGAAUCGUUCCACGCAAUAACGAACGUAACGUUCUCCAACGAUGGAAAGUAUUUCUUUGUCUGUACAAAUCGCAAACAAUUGUGUCUGUACGAAAGAAAGAAUCGUAACCUUUUGUCAAAUAGAACACUAGCAAGAGCUGCUAGCAAAGUGCAGUUUACUCGUAGCAAUGAUAUAGUUGUCGCUGACAAAGCUGGAGACGCUUAUCUGUUUUCUAGCAGUAGAUCCGACCGUGGAAUCUUACUGUUGGGACAUUUGUCGAUGAUGCUCGAUGUAUUAGUCACAGAAAAUGAAAAAUAUAUUAUUACAACGGACAGAGACGAAAAGAUUAGAGUGUCUAUGUUUCCAAAUUCGUAUAAUAUUGUGUCCUAUUGUUUAGGGCACACAAAAUUUGUAACAAACAUUUUGGAAUUACCUCACGAUAAAACUGUUUUGGUAUCUUGCGGCGGUGACGGUGUUUUCAUAUUGUGGGAUUACGAAAUUGGAAAAGAACUAUUGUCUGUCGACUUUUGUAAUAAAAUACCUAAACGCGAUAUCGAAAAGUUCAAUCAACAACUUCAGGAUUAUCAUUUGGACGAAUCCGUGGAAAUAUUACCCGUGAAACAUUUAAGACUCUCUGCACUCGACGGUACAUCGUCUUUAGCUGUAAUGAGUUUUUAUAAUAACUCCCUGUUAUUGGUUUACAUCAUUAGCGGCACCGUAAAGUUACAAUUUGAAAUAACAUAUGUACAGUCUAUAGUUAUAGAUGACGAACCCUUAGAAUGCCAUCUUUACAAAGACAAUUUAUGGGUGUUGAGCGAAUUAGGAUUUAAAGUGUACGAAUUUAAAGAAAAUAAUUUUAUACCCAAUGACAAAAUAAAUUGUAAACUAAGUCAAUUAAAUAACCUCUGGAAAACAUUGAGAAACGACUCCAUUAAGCAAAAUUUAUUUCCUAUUUUGUAUAAAAGAAAAUAUGAUAAUGUACAAGAGUAUUUGGAAAGGAAAAAGACACGUCUUGCAAACAUUACCGAAUAA